AUGUGGCACACAAAGCCAGGAAAAUUCUAUGGCCUUCGAGCUGAGAUGAGUAUAUGGGAUUCAUCAAAUCAAGAAAACUCUCAAGAAUCUGGAGCAUCCUUACAGAUCUAUUGUCAAGAUGGAGGAAACUACAACUUAAUUCAAGCGGGAUUUCACAUUUCCCCCUCUUUAUACCAUAACAAAGAUAUUCGCUUCUUUACAUAUUGGACUAAGGACUUAAAAUCAAGGGGCUGCUACAACUUGCAGUGCCCAGGAUUUGUUUCUGCAAGUGGAGCUAAUCUGGUACCUGGACAAGCCAUUGUUCCUCCAUCAAUUUAUGGAAAACAAGACUACUAUGUUAGGCUUAGCCUCAACCAGGAUCCAAAUUCCGAAGAUUGGGUGGUGUACCGUCAUGAUUUAGAAAAACCAUCAUUAUUGGGACAUUUUCCAAAGGAGCUUUGCCCUGGAACACCACGUAUACAAGCCUUGACUGGAUUUGUGAAUUACUUGAAGAAUGCACAUGGUCCUCCAAUGGGUAGUGGCCACUUCCCCGAUCAUUACGAUCAUGACAAUAAGAAAUCUGCGUACUUCAAGCACAUUCGGUAUUACAAUCCAAAUGGUCAUUCUUAUAGCCCGUUUGGCGUUCCAAUGGUCAAGUUAGUUGAUAGGCUAGAUUGCUAUAGAGCAAAUGAUUUAGUUCUUGAUUAUAAGAGGGGCUAUAUGUUCAACUAUGGUGGACCAAGUGGUUGUGUUGGUUGA